AUGGCUUCCAGCUCAAUAACCGUCAAUCCGACUUCAUUGACAGUUGCAUCUUUGUUGCCAAAACUUCAUGAUGCGGAUCCAGAUUAUAGAUUCAUGUCAUUGAAUGAUCUUUUCCAGGUGUUGGAGAGUGGAAAACCGGACUUCCUCCACCAUGAUUACAAUACAGCGGCAAAGACUGUGGAUGGUAUUCUUAGAACGUUGGAUGAUCAAAAUGGAGAGGUACAAAAUUUGGCCAUUAAAUGCCUUGCUCCCCUUGUUGCCAAAUUACCCAGCAAUAUAAUUGCUCCGUUAAUUGAGAGACUGUCGACAUUAACAACUGAAAAUUCGGUUGACAACUCAAUACCUGCUAUGGCUCUGCGAACGGUUGUCAUCACUUUACCAAGACCGAUCAGUGGUGUCACCCCCUCGAAAGAUGUGCUCGAAGCAUAUUCUGCUAUUAGCAGAGUUUUGAUCCCAAGAUUAGUCGGACGUGUCGUUGCUCAAAAGCCAACUAAGGGCCAAAACCUUCCGAACCCCCCACCAGGGAUGCUUGAUCCUUCCACAAAUACCGAAAUCGACUCAGAUGCUGUUGAUGUUUUGAUAGAAGUUGCAAGAUGCUUUGGCCCUCUUUUGCAGCACGCAGAAGUCGAAGCGCUACAAAGUUUAGUUAUCGGCAUCUUAGAGAAUGAGAAGGCUAGUUCUGUCGUCAAGAAGCGGGCUGUUGUUGCAGUGUCUCUACUUGCUAUGUAUUUGACGGAUUCCGAUCUCAGUGGCUUUGUAUCUCAUAUCAUCGAGUGUCUUCGUAAUCCACACUUGACCCCUGUACAGAGACGUUUAUACAUUACUAUUCUCGGAUCGAUGGCUAGAUCCAUACCUUUGAGGUUCGGCCCUUACUUGAAAACUCUUGCGCCAUUUGUGCUUUCUGCGCUGAGCGAGCAAGAACUUCAAGAUCAGAUUGAAAACUCCGCGGAAGAUGGUGAAAGUAACCCUGAGAUGGACGAUGUGAGGGAAUCUGCACUUGUGGCACUGGACGGCUUUUUAGCUUCUUGUGGUGCGGAAAUGCGAAUUCAUACAGAAGAAACGAUCGCAGCAGCUCUCAGAUUUUUGAAGUAUGAUCCAAACUAUAAUGACGAUGAUGACGACGAGAUGGGAGGAACUCAAUCCGAUGAAGAUGAUAUGGCCGAUUUCGACGAUGACGAUGAUUUCGAGGCGGACGCUGGAUUUGACGACGACGACGACGACGCUAGUUGGAAAGUUCGAAGAUGUGCCGCGAAAACUCUCUAUACCUUGAUCUCAACUAGAGGUAGUGGUGAUCUACUCGACGAUGGAACUCUAUACGCCCAAGUGGCUCCAACUCUUAUCCAGAGAUUCAAUGAACGAGAGGAGAACGUUCGACUUGAAGUUAUUGCUACCAUGGCAUGUUUAAUUGGGAAAACUGGAGAGGGUGUCCUAGUCAACUUUUCGCCGGAUGAGUCUUUAAACCAUGCAAAUCAAGCGCCUCCAAGUCGAAAGCGCAGAAGAGAGAGUGCUGGGUCAGCCACUUUUGAUACUAAAUCUUUUAUCUCAAGAUCUGCUGGUCUGACAUCACCAACUAUCGAGCCACUCCCCGUUUCAGGCCCCCGAACAGACCUGGCAAGACUGACCCCUGUGAUUGUAAAGGCUGUUGUCAGAUUACUCAAGACAAGCCCCAUUCCAACGAAGCAAGCUCUCAUCAACCUUUUGGACGGAAUGGUUUCAGUUCAGGUUGGAGGGCUUUCAGAACACUUUGGUCAGCUUGUGGAUCCUAUCAUAGAUUCUAUCAAAACAUCGGGAGGCUCAUCCUCUACUGCAACUACUAGUGGCGGUGCUGCCUCAGCUACUGCAAAUACUCUGCGAAUUGCUGCUCUCAAGUUGUUGGGUGAUAUUGCUCAAACUCAUUCUUCGAGCGUGUUACAACCACACCUACCUAAAAUCAUUCCAUGUGUAGCGUCAGCUGUACAUGAUAGGUUUUACAAGAUUUCUGGUGAGGCUGUCGGUACAGCCGAACAACUCGUAAAGGCUUUGACACCUCCGAGAUCGAAACCAGCGAGAUCGACUCAACAAGAAGAUAUUUUGAAAUUAUACCAAGUGAUCGUCGAUCGGGUAUCCGCUACCGACGCAGAUGUUGAAGUUCGUCAACGUGCUAUACAUGCUCUAGGUAUCAUGCUUGCUCGCACAGCAAGUCCCGAAGGCUUAUCACUUCUUUCAGAAACUAACCGAAGUUCUGCUCUCACUCUGCUCAGUGAUAGACUAAAGAAUGAAACCACUCGCCUCGCUGCUGUAAGAGCUGUUGAUACUAUUGCAGUCGGAUCAAUUGAGGUUGGUCCAACCACCAAAGGCCAACUGCAGCCACCAUGGAUUCGAGAUGUCUCUCUAGAGCUUGCUGCGCAACUCCGAAAGGCCAACAGAUCGCUUCGCGGUGCAAGUCUUGGGGCCCUGAAGAAUCUCGUUGUUUCUCCGGCAGCUAGAAGCUCUCUCGACGCUCCGACAGUUCAAGGCCUUAUCGACGCGCUUCUUCCUCUCUUAACCACAGUUGAUCUUCAUCUUCUAGGUCCGGCACUACUGGUACUGGCUACUUUGGUAAUGGAUGAAGCAAAGCUUGUUGUUACUGACCAGCUAAAUCUUGCCCUUUGCGGAUUAUUAACCUCGUCAUUAAGUGGCGCUGUACUUGACGCCGUCCUUCUCUUGGUCGCCAAUAUCGGAAAACAAGGAGUUGGUCAACCUCUGAUGUCCGGUUUAUUGAGAGAUGUUAGUACUCGCGGAGACUCUACAGUCGUAGGAAAAGCUAUUGGCACGCUUUUGGUAUUUGGAGGGUCCUCAGUCGGAGUUACACUCGACAACUUCUUAAGCGAAUUACAGAAUCCCUCCUCGGAUGAAGCUAGACAAUGCUUAGCCUUGGCUGUUCUCGGAGAAGCUGGAUUACAGUUGGGUGCAAAAUCACCAUUGAAUCCAUCCACCUUCACAGCUCAUUUCAGAUCCUCUUAUGACAAAGUUCCUCUUGCUGCAGCAAUCGCGUUAGGACGCGCGGGAGCUGGAGACACAUCUUUGUAUCUCCCAGAGAUUUUGAAUAUGAUUAAAGGUGGAGAUGAAUUUUUACUUCUACAUUCUAUCAAGGAAAUACUUCAGCAAGCUGGCAACAACCCUACUGCCAUCACCCAGCACACUACUGUUCUUUGGGAAAGAUUACUUGCCGCUUCGCAAGCUGAGGACAAUAAGGCCGUUGGUGCAGAGUGCAUUGGUCGUUUGACAAUGAUUGAUCCUAAGGCAUUUAUGCCACAAUUAAAGGGCUAUCUGUCUGACUCAAAUGCCUCAAUUAGAGCUAUGGUUAUUCAAGCAAUCCGUUAUACCUUAUCUGAUAGUAACGACUCACUCGAUUCAGUGUUGAAGAUCAUGUUGAUUGAUAUGCUGAAGGUCAUGCUGACUGAUACCGAGUUGGAGAACCGUCGGUUGGCACUGACUACCUUGAACGCUGCUGCGCAUAACAAAGCAGAUCUCAUCAACCCCAAUCUCAAUCAGUUGCUUCCAUUUGUUAUGAGUGAAUCGGUAAUAAAGGAAGAGUUGAUUCAUGAGGUAAUGAUGGGACCUUUCAAACAUAAAGUUGAUGAUGGUCUAGAGGUCCGAAAGAGUGCAUAUGAAACGUUGUAUGCUCUUAUGGAGACCGCGUUCUCACGUAUGAACAUUCUUGAUUUUUACGAUCGUAUUAUCGCCGGUUUGAAAGAUGAGCACGAUAUCCGAUCUCUCUGCAAUCUAAUGUUGAACAAGUUGGUCAUCCUGGAUCCUGAUGAGACAGCUCGACGCCUCGACGCAAUUGCAGAUUGUUUCCGCGUUACUCUGUCGGUCAAAUUGAAGGAAUCAGCCGUCAAGCAAGAAAUAGAGAAGCAGGAUGAUGCAGUCAAGAGUACUCUCCGCUCAACGCUGAAUUUGCAUGCUCGAAUUCCAUCAGCUAGCACAGGAAUGGGUGCACAAAGCAGCCAACAUCAGACAUGGAGAACCUACUUUGAAUGGGUAGAGAAGGAUUUCGAAGCGCAGUUGAAAUCACUGAGGGAAGAGAAAAAAGAUUGA